AUUUUAAAAAAAUGACAACCCAUUUCAGUAAUGGCUUCCCGUUCCUUUGACCUUCUUUCUUCCACAGCGAUCGAAUGAAACAAAAGAAAAAACUUUAAUUAUCUUCCUCAUCAAGAAACUUAAGCCCUGACGAAGUCAAACCCAGCGGCCAUCGCCCUUUUUCUCAUUCUUGCUUAUAAGUUUUUCCCUCCCUUUAUCUAAUUAUUAGCUCAUAGAGAAUCGAAAAACAAAAAAGAAAAAGGAAAAUCGGAUCGUAACCAUGAUACUGCCACUGUUAAAACUAGGAACUUUGGCCUUAAAAACUCUGAGUAAACCGGUCGCUAAUAGGCUCAAGCGACAGGCUGGGUACCACCCCAGGUUCCGCCAGUUCAUCGUCAGCAUUGCUCAGGCAAAUCAUCGAAUUUCGACAAGAAUGCAAAGAAACAUUUAUAGUCAUGCAACUGAUGUUGAGAUACGCCCCUUGGAUGAGGAGAAAGCUGUUCAGGCUGCUGUAGAUCUUAUCGGGGAACUGUUUGUCUUCACGGUUGCAGGAGCUCUCUUGAUCUUGGAGGUUCAAAGAAGUUCUAGAUCAGAAGCCAAAAAGGAGGGAGUACGCAGGCAAGAAAUGCAGGCAAUGAAGCAAAAAGAUGAGGACUUAGCAAAAGAAGUGGAACUUCUUAGGAAUAAACUUGAAGAACUAGAACAACUUGCUAAGCGACAGGGACUUAGUGGUAUUUUCAAAUUUAAACAUGCUAAUACAGAGGGGGAAAAGUUGGCAAAACCAGCUUGAUUUGGACAGGAGCUUAACAAAUAAGUUAAGUAUAAUUUUUUAAUUCCAAUUCUGUUCUAUUAAAGAAUUCCCUGGUCAGCCUCUCAACUAGGGAAUCAUUCUUCUUUUUCAUUCUUUUCAACACUGGGGCCAUCUUUUUGGACGGAUUCUGGUUUCACCAGGUCCAGUAGAACAUAAGAAUUUUUUUUGUUUAUAUUACUGAAAAAUAAAACCAAAGAUAGAGAUUGUGUUGCCUUAA